UCCGCUCGGCUCCGCUCCGUCCCGUCCCGUCCCGUCCCGGCCGGUCCCGUCCCGUCCCGCCGCCGCCGCAUGGGGCCCCCCGGGCCGGCCUGACCGAGCGGCAGCCCCCGGGGAGCGGCCCCCGUCGAGGAACCGCGACGGCACCGCCCGCCCGCCGCGGGGCGAGCAGCCCGGGCUGCGGGAGCUGCCCCCGGAGCACGGCGAGAGACCCCCCCCCGGGGCCGGCAGCCCGGGGCUGGAGCCCCGCAGAGCCCCCCCCGCACCUCGCACCCCCCUCCCGCGGGGGUCGCCCCCGUCCCCUCCCGGGGCUCGGGACGCUCGGGGCCCCCGCGCCCCCCCCUGCCCCGGGCUGGCCCCCGGUGCCUCGGGCUGGGGGAGCGGCGCUGCCCCGCGCCCCGCGGCUGAGCUGGCCCUGACCCCCUCCGCCGGCCCCGGGGGGGCCGCGCCCCCGGCCCCAUGGCGGCCAAGUGGUUCAAGGAGUUCCCCGCCAACCUGAAGACGGUGUCGGAGAGGGCUCGGCCCGGCGGCGGCAGCCUGGGCAAGCUGUGCGGCCCCUCCCGCAAAAGCUUGGGGCCCGGCGAGCCCCCCGGGGGAGCCCCCCCGGGGAAGAGCCGCAAGAACUCGGCGGCGGAGCUGGGGGGCUGCCGGGCCGGCCCCGGGGCCGGUAAGGACGGGGGCAGCCGGCUGUCGAGGGACAACCUGCAGGGACUGCUCCAAGCCGCCACCGGGAAAAUGCGCAAAAACUCGAGGGCGGAGGGGGCAGCGCCCGAGGGGCCCCCCAAGACCUGCGGCACCUACAUCAACCGCCUGAUCAAGGUGGAGGCCCACGAGAAGAACGGGAAGAGCUACCCCAGCGCCAGCCCCGCGCCCGAGCAGGACAAGGGGAAGAGCGCCAAGACGGAGACGGUCAUCAUCCUGGAGGACUAUGCCGACCCCUACGACGCCAAGCGCACCAAGGGGCAGCGGGAGGCCGAGCGGCUGGGGGAGAACGACGGCUACAUGGAGCCCUACGACGCGCAGCAGAUGAUCACAGAAAUCCGCCGCCGGGGCUCCAAGGACCCACUGGUCAAAGCCAUCCUGCUGCUGGACGGCCCCAGCGAGCCCGGGGAGGUGGGGGGCAAGGUGGAGGCUGCCAAGUGGCCGGGGGGCAAGGAGGCAGCGGGGAAGGGGCCGCAGCUCUACGACACCCCCUACGAGCCCGGCGAGGGCACCCCGGAGCGCAAAGCGAGGGCUGGGGACGGGCGCCUGCCCGAAAAUGAUGAGCGCCCGGCGGCUGAAUACGAGCAGCCCUGGGAGUGGAAGAAGGAGCAGAUCGUGAAGGCGCUGUCGGUCCAGUUCGAGGGCUCGGAGCGGCCCAAGGAGGAGGCGCCGCGGCAGCACCUCCGCCAGAAGAGCUGGACCCCCAAGAUGCUGAAACCGGCGAGCGCGGAGCACGGCGAGGGCGAGCGGGUGGACCCCGCCUUGUCGCUGGAGAAGCAGCCCUGGUACCACGGGGCCAUCACCCGAGCCGAGGCUGAGACCCGGCUGCAGGCGUGCAAGGAGGCCGGGUACCUGGUGCGCACCAGCGAGACCGGCAGCGGCAAGUACUCCAUCGCGCUCAAGACCAGCCAGGGCUGCGUGCACAUCAUCGUGGCGCAGACCAAGGACAACAAGUACACGCUCAGCCAGGCCAGCGGCGUCUUCGCCAGCAUCCCCGAGGUGGUGCACCACUACUCCACCGAGAAGCUGCCCUUCAAGGGGGCCGAGCACAUGGCCCUGCUGCACCCCGUGCACUGCAAGCUGUACUAGCGCCCGCUGGGACUUGGCUGCCACCCCCACAGGGGGCUGGGUGACAUGGGGGGGGGCGUCCUGCAGCCGUGUCCUGUCCCCCCCCCCCCAGCCCCUGGGGCUGCCCGGUGGUUGCUGCCCACCGCUGGACUCUGGCAGGGCUGCGGUGGUCUCCCCGCGGGAUGGAUGCGGCCGCGGGUGGCUCUGGGCACUGGGGGGCUGCAGCCCCCCCCCCAAACACAGCCUGGGGUGGGGGCCGGGCCGUUACGGGGCCGUGUAAUGAAGUAGUGAAAUAAACUCGUUGGCUGAGAGGA